GUGGUAUGUUUUGGCCGACUGCCAUCUACAGCCUUAUCGACAGAAUACCGCCCAGUCAUCCGGUUCAGGCAGUGUAUAACAUGUUGGACGUGAUAUGUUGUGGCCAAGAAACACCGCUGUGGUCACUUAUGGUGUAGACUGGAAAGAAUGAUAUUGGGUCUUCCUUAAGGAGGAACUAGCACCGCCCUUCGUAGCCAGUUCAUCAGAAUGACGUCAGUAUUCCCCUUGGACUACGGUAUCUUCAGGGCUGGCAAAUAUGACGUCAACGGCAACGCACAUAACGAAUUUGUUUGGCCAGUAAAACAUAAUAACGACAAAGAUGGCAGCACUAGCGAGGACGGUAAGACGUCUAAGCCCUUCUUCUUCUGCAAGCUUGUGGCGCGAUAUCCCCUAUGGUCCUUCUUUUUGAUGUUAUGUGGACACCUACUCAUGACAGUGACAACGGGGAUUCUGGUAGCUUCUGGUUAUGACCUCUUCCCUACGAACUUUGAAACCCUCCCUCUCCAGCUCCGUGACCAGCCAUGGUUAAAGCGUGACCUCGCCUUCCGGUACAGAAACUCAUACCGAGGCUGGGUCAGAAGGAUACUCAGCCGGUCGUCCUCUUUCCCCAAAUAUCGAUAUCGACUAGGGGAAAGCGUGGAAAUGAUCUAUGAAACAAGAGGUGGAAAUAUAUUUGACAAAAAUCAUUUGGUAAAGAUAAAAGAAAUAGAGGAUGGUAUGCAGCAAGUUCGGGACUUUGACAGAUAUUGCCAAAUGGAGAAGGUCGCGGGAACAGACAGCUGUUUGAAGCCGAUCUCGGCUUUACGUUUCUUCGAUGGAACCUAUGCGGCUGUUGAUCCUGUUUUUAGUGACCCUAAUUUUGACAACAUACCAGCUGUUCUAUAUCAGGCAUCCAUCAACAAUGCAACGAAGAGCGCGUUUGAGUAUACGUUAGCUCUCAGCCAUGAGGUUACGCCGACGCUGGUGUCGGCGCAAGUGACCAGAUCCUUGGUACUGCUUGGAAUGCCCAUACAAGGGAAAAGCGCCUCUGCCGCAAGGGAAGCUCUGAAGGAGUACCUCUCCGGCAGCAUGAAACCGGCGCUUGAAGCCUACCGCCGCAGUACAUCGCAGUUUGAGUUCUUAUACUACAACUACAAUAUGAUGAUAGCGGAUGUCAAGGACCAGGCAAUUCUGGACCUGAUGCUUGCGAUUGGGAGCAUGCUCUUCAUCGGGGCAUUCAUGUGCUACCACACAAGGUCACUGUGGAUCACCAGCUUCGCCAUCUACAGUAUCUUGUCCAGUUUCAUGGGCACAAAUCUAAUCUACAGAAUUGUACUUGAUUAUCGGUAUUUUGGCUUCUUUCACGUCCUGGCUAUUUUCAUUAUAUUAGGAAUUGGAGCUGAUGAUUUAUUUGUGUUUUAUGAUGCGUGGAGGGCAACAGCGUUCAACACCUAUCCAUCUUUAGCCCACAGACUCUCUGAUGCGUACAGGAAGUCCGCGCUCAGCAUGCUGAUAACUUCGCUAACGACGAUGUUUGCCUUUAUAGCAAGCGCUGUAUCGCCCAUUCUCGCCACCAAGUCGUUCGGUGUUUUUUCCGGGAUAUUAGUACUGGUAAACUACGUAUCUGUCAUCACGUUCUUCCCAACAGUGGUCGUGGUGUAUCACACAUAUUUUGAGAAAUACAGCUGUUGUUGUUGUACAUUUGGGAAGGAGACUAAUCAAGACGAACCACAAUUUGGGAAGGAGACGAAUCAAGACGAACCACAAUUUGGGAAGGAGACUAAUCAAGACGAACCACAAUUUGGGAAGGAGACUAAUCAAGACGAACCACAAUUUGGGAAGGAGACUAAUCAAGACGAACCACAAUUUGGGAAGGAGACUAAUCAAGACGAACCACAAUUUGGGAAGGAGACUAAUCAAGACGAACCACAAUUUGGGAAGGAGACUAAUCAAGACGAACCACAAUUUGGGAAGGAGACUAAUCAAGACGAACCACAAUUUGGGAAGGAGACUAAUCAAGACGAACCACAAUUUGGGAAGGAGACUAAUCAAGACGAACCACAAUUUGGGAAGGAGACGAAUCAAGACGAACCACAAUUUGGGAAGAAAAAGAAGAAGCCUCUUUUGCUUAGGUAUUUUCGGGAUUACCAUUUCAAGAUUGUGACACACAAAUUUGCAAAGUGGAUCAUUUUAUCCAUAUUUCUGACUUUGGUUGGCUUUUUCGGUUACCAGACGUCUCUUAUAAAGGCGGAAAAUGAACAGUUACAGCUUUACAAAAAGUCACAUCACUAUUCCAAAGCGAUCGAUAGAAACCUGUACUCCUUUGUGCCUAACGAAGUGGAGCGGUUUAUCACCUUGUACUUGGUGUGGGGCUUGAAAGAAAGGGAUCUGGGCGGAUGCCACUUCUCCGCUGUGAAAUGCGAGGGUACUCAAGUUUUUGAUGAUCAGUUUGAUGCCAGUAUUCCACAAGCUCAACUAGCUUUGAAGGCUCUCUGUGAUGAAAUCUACAACUUUACGAAAGAAGAUGUUGCUGCCUAUAAAAUCAGACGAGACACAGUCACAGGGGAGAUGGAAGUGGCUUGCUUCACUCGAAACAUGGAGGCAUUCCUGCAGACUGACGUGGAUGCUGGCAGUUUGACGCUUGACCUGCCUUGGAACUGGUCUCGAACAUCGGCCUUCAUGUCGGCAAAACCAACAAACUACAGUAUGACUACCUUCAACAGCUCGUUUGAUCGAUAUUUGGAUAUACCACUGACGUAUUGGCUCUUCGAUGGCUUCAGAAUGAGACUCACUGAUGACUAUGUGAAGUAUAAUUCUCUCUUCGGCGAGGUCAAGGACACAUUCAGUCAGAAGACCACACCAGUUAGCAGUGUGGGCAACCGGAUCAAGUUCUUGGCCGUCCAGAUCAACACGACACUGAUUGGCCAGUCUCUCAGUUACACAGACGGACUUCCGGUUGUGAAGCGGUGGGAGGACUUCAUGACACGACAGCUGAGCAAGAUGCCUGCGAGUCUACAGGGAGGUUUCCAGACAACCAGGGUAUUUUGGCACUGGCUCUACGUGCAGAAGGCGCUUGCUGACAACGCUGUGCUGGGCAUCGCCAUCGGGCUCAGCAUGGCGUUCCCUAUACUGACACUGGCCACCCAAAACAUCAUUCUUGGUUUCCUAGCAACUGUGUCAAUUGGAUGUGUCACUGUCUGUGUCAUAGGUGUGGUGCCUCUUGCCGGAUGGAAACUCGGGGUUCUGGUGUCGCUCAACAUGUGUCUUGUUGUUGGACUAGCUGUGGACUAUAUUGUACACUUUGCAGAAGGAUACCACCUAUCGAAGAGUAAAGACCGGAAGUCACGUGUCCGCGACACUCUCGAAUUCAUGGGAGUACCCGUAUUUUCGGGAGCAUGCACUACUCUCGGAGCUUCCUUCUUUAUGUUGUUUUCAGAAAUCCAGUUUUUCUUUCAGUUUGGUAUAUUUAUGUUUUGUACGAUCGGAUUUUCUCUUUUGUUUUCAUUGGGAUUUUUCAUCACCCUCCUCGGUGUUGUAGGUCCGACCGGUGAUCAAGGGGACAUUGUUGUCUUCUUCAAACGAUUCUGUUGUAAAGAACAACUCCCAGACCCUCAAGCUGGAGGUAACAAGAAGGAAUCAACAUAAUAAGGUUUAUGCUGUGGUGUGUGGUCGUGUACGUAGAGCUCAGGUGACAAAUCAGUUGAAGUUAAGCUACGUUGGACGCGGAGAGUCCUUGGAUGGGUGACCCUGCCCGGCAGCUUGACUCCUGAAACUUUCCAGGACUUCAGUCCUCCCCCACAACGAAGCACGUGUGGUCUCACCUUAGGCAAGUGAGUUUCUUCAAACUUGCCUCUGUUCAACCAGCAGAAGAUGGUACCCGGCGGGAUAAGCCAUGUGACUAUUUACCUUCUAGCGCCUCACAUACAUGCAGCUUGGGUUAUCCGGGGUCAUAAUAAUCAGAUUGGAAAAGGCGCAUUAUAUAUUCACAAUUAUGGAUAUAUACUGAACAUCA